GCAGGGGAUUCGAUCCAUUCCCUUUGUGUCUUAUCUCCGGCGCAAAGAAGCCUCCAGCUCCGGCCGCUGAGCCAACCAAAACGGAAGCCAUGGCGACCACGUCGACCACCCCGUUCCACCGUCUCCUCGCCCCGGCCCGGUCGAACCCCGCCGCGCGCCUCUCCCUCUACACCCGCGGCCCUCCCACGCUCUCCUUCUCCCGCUCCAUCUCCGUCCGCCGACGUCUUGCUGCCGCAUCCAAGGACACCGCCAGCGACAAGGGGCAAGAACAAGAAUCGUCCACGGCAGCGGGCGGAGCCGCGGAGCCGGCAGAGGAGGAAACACCUCCUGGUGAAAAGUCCUCAGAUGAAGUGGCGACGGAGCUUAAGGAGGUGAUGCGUGCGCGUAAGGAGGCGGAGGUCGCCGCAGGCGGCGGUGGGUGGUGGGCCGGGGUGGCGCAGGAGAUGACGGAGAUCGAGUGGCCGGCGCCGGGGAAGGUUCUGGGCACCACGGGGGUCGUCCUCGGGAUCAUCGCGGGAUCCACGGUCGCGCUGCUCUCCGUGAACGCGUUCCUCGCCGAGCUCUCCGACCGUGUCUUCGCUGGCCGGGGUCUUCAGGAUUUCUUCUAAGGGUGAAGCGGCAUCAAUUUGUCUCCGUUUAUAUUUCGAGAAUUCAGAUAGGCGUAUUGCAAGGUUGAUAGAUUGAAAAUGGCUGUGUUGCUGCAAGAGAAAUAUGAUAUGCUGUUCCGCAGACAAUUGCAUUGUGCUAACCUGUGCGUGCGAUUCGGUCUU